AGAGAUCAGCACACACAGUCUUAUUCAGCUAGAAACUGGAAAUUACACUGGAGUUAGACUGAACAUGCGCACAGGCAAACACAAACAUUGACUAUAUAGACUUGUGCAAACAAAGGGGUUCCCCUGGCAAACCCCUCACUCACAACUGUUUGUAUUUUCUAGCUCUUGGUUGCAUUCACGCACGCACACAGCUGUCAACAUGUUGCUACCGGCUUGUGUUCUGUUCCUCACGUGGGGUUUUGCUUCUUGCCUUCGGUACCGGGCUGAUAUCAAUAUGAUGGGAGUCACUGGUUGGGUCUUCUUUGACUCCACGGACCAGAAGGCCACAGUCAACCUGACAGGAACGGGCACAUGUCGAUCGUAUAACAUCUCCCUUACCGUGUUCCCAGUUAUGUAUGGGCACUUUGCCUUGCCCUGUCAGAAGUCACACAUAGGAGACAAUGUUUUCACGUUUUCUAUAAAUACGACCCAGACUUUCGUGAAUGUUUCCACUCUGUUUGCCAAGAAUCCACGUUUGGACGCGCUCUCAGUACUUGUGGAGACUUGUAACGGCACUAGAGCUUGUGCUGGGCUUACGCCCGAGUCUCAACAGAUCAAAACCUGGCAGGCGCGAUUCUUCAGUCCAGUGGCUGGAAACGUCUACAUCCGACAAGUGACUGGCGAACAGGGAGCUGGCAUUCUUUCAAAUCUACAAGAUGUCAAACAGACCAGGACUUUUCAAAAUGUGAGUAUUUUGGUCUCACAAAGCUCGGCCACAAGCUGCGCCAUGCUUCAGGGUAGUCUAGAUCCGGCAAGCCUCACAAACUUGGGACUUCUGAAUGUGGGGUCACCUCUAGAACCAAUCAAGUCUCGGUUGGAUAUCGCUUCUUUUAGUUCUGGAGUCCGUUUUGCUCUCCUAAACCUUAGCUCAAGUUAUGGGUGUGCAGAGAUCCGAAGUGUUGCUCCAAAGAUAGUUAGCGCAGUCUUAAACAUGAGAGGGAUUAAAGGGAAGUACACCUUCCGUCAAGAGUCCCCUUUUGAUCUCACCACUUUUACGGUUAACCUGACAAACCUAAAUAAGAGAGUCGGGCCGUAUCACGUUCACCAGUUUCCUGUACCCCAGAUGGGAUCUCCCUCAGAGAGCAGCUGUAGUGACAACAACGUUGGGGGUCACUGGAACCCCUUCAAUGUGAAUGUUCAGGCACCGGCGUAUCCACCUCCAAAAAGUUCUACCCAUGAUCGCUUUGAAGUUGGAGAUCUGAGCGCCAGACAUGGAUCGCUGCACAAUGAAAAUAACUUUCAGGCCACUUUCACAGACUGGAACUUACCUCUGUUUGCAAGAAACAGCAUUGUGGGGCGAUCCGUCGUCCUACACGAGCCCAAUGGAACCAGAUUUGCCUGUGCAAGUAUAGGCUACCCUGGUGAUGUGACUGUUGCGAAGGCAGUCUUCAAAAGUCCGGCGGUGGGGACUGUCCUCUUCACUCAGCUAAACAGUGACCCUUACUCUGACGUCUCUGUGCUUGUGGACCUUUCGAACGGACGCCCUUCAACACCAGCCACGCAGAACCAUUCCUGGCAUAUUCACAUUAAUCCCAUCAGCACAGAGACUGAUAGCGACCUAGGGCGUUGCCUUUCCACUGGUGGCCACUGGAACCCAUUCAACAUAGACACGAAUUUGAGUAGUUAUGCCAUUAAUUGUAGUCCUAAUAGCCCCUUAGCCUGUGAAGUCGGAGAUAUCUCUGGCAAACACAAGGCUUUGGAAUUACAACCAAAGGUUGGCACGGUUGCCAGCAAGAGCUUCUUCACCGACACCACUUCAUGGGUGUCUGGAAUGAUUGGUCGCUCCUUGGUGGUGCAUGGUCCUAACCAUUCAGCUCCAAGGAUUGCUUGCGCAAACAUCACCUUGUUCCGCUUUCCCUCGGCUCGCUCAAAAUCUUGGUUUGGACCCGGAUCCUCAGAUGGCCAAAUCCAACUGUCCCAAGUUUCCCCUCAAGGACCAACAAUUCUCAACAUCUCCUUCACUGGACUCAACAAUAGAGCUUCUGGAUACCACAUCCAUAUUCUCCCAAUCAAGAAUGUUGGGGAACCCUGCUCUGACAGCAACAUCAUGGGUCACUUCAACCCUUUUUAUGUGAACACGGCCUCAUCUCCCACUCCAGGAAAUGGCACGGUUGACCAGUAUGAGAUUGGGGACAUCAGUGGGAAGUUUGGAACGCUGGCGGGUCAAAACGACUUCCAGAACUUAUACCUGGACAGUAACAUGCCACUUUCAGGAUCAAACAGCAUCAUUGGCAGAUCACUGGUCAUACAUUACACUAACAGCUCAAGAAUGAGGUGUGCGGAUAUCUCAGCGGAGAACUUAACAGAUGGAAACUGGGUGACCGCAAAAGCCCUAUUCAAUGAUGCAGUAACCGGGACAGUAACAAUGUCCCAACAAACUUUUCCAGAUGGCAGCUACGGUGAUGUUGUCAUAGAGGUGGAUUUACGCGCAUCACAAUUAUUGAAUGUAACAGAGGCUUCUUGGUACAUCACAGAAGGUCAGGUGGGAUCAGAUGGGCGUACAUGUCCUGGAGGAGCGGAAAUGUAUAAUCCAUUCAACAUGACAGCAGGGAACUCCAGCUGUUCUCAGGUCAGCCCAUUAGCAUGUGAGGUUGGAGAUUUGACUGGCAGACAUGGGUCUAUAAGUCUUCUCAAGAGACAGUUGUACUCCGAUGUUCAUUUGCAGCUGGCCGGUGACUUCACAGUUGUACAGAGGUCAUUGGUUCUCAGACUCCAGAACGUCACAGCUGCAUGCGCAGAUAUUCUCCCACAAUCCCCUUCUGCUAAGCAGAUCUUCUCCAAAGUGCCCACGUUCAGCAGGUAUGACUUCCGUAAGAGAGUGGCAGAUGUGUUAAACCUUAACAUAUCCAGAGUCUCCAUCUUACCAGGGUCUCCUUCAGCAAGACCGGAUGGGAAAUGCCAAGAGGUCAACUUUCUUGUUUCGGGUGAGGUGAGCCAGGAGAAGCUAAAGUCUGUUAAGACCAGUGAGAAGAUGGGUGUGUUCAGAGAAUCAAAGGCGUGCACUUCAAGUGGGAAUGCAGGAAUGACGCUGGUCCCUGGUAGGAUGCUACUGAUCGUCAUGACGACCGCAGUGUGUCUGCUCAUGUCGCUUAUUCAGCACUAGAUGAACGCUAUAAUGUCACCUUGACAUUCAAUCACUGCCUUAUUACUUUUAAUAAACUCUUGAAUUGUGCACAUCGGUCGGAUUCCAGGAGCCCUUCCGGCUUUUUCAAAGACUUCAUAUUCUGAAUAUUACAAUCAAUUCUGUUAAGAAUGUUUCUUUCUUAACUAAAAUGAAUUAUUUGCCCCCGGCUGUGCGUCACUUAAAUUGCUUCAAUGUGCAUUUCACGUUUCAACAAUAUGCAUGUUUCCAUCCCACACUCCUUUAUCCUAUAAUAGUUAUAUCAUCAGGUUUCUCAAUGACGGAUCUUCCUGUUGUAUUUUAAAGUUAGAGAUUAACAGAACAUUUAGUCGUUUACUUAAUUCUGUGUUACACUCCUUUACUCCCUGGCUCCCUGGUUUCUGUUCACCUAGUUUCUGUAUAUGUUGUUGAUGCAAUCAGUGUAAAUAAAACACAGGAUUUGUUUUCAUGCAA